CGCAACAAACAGUGGGUUCUUCUAUGCAAAAAGGGGCAUACAUUUGUUGGCCCAUAUAGGCUAUAGCAGCGUCUCUGUCUGCCAGGACAGGUUUUAUGUUUUCACUUUGCAUUGAACCUUUUUAUUAGGAAAGGGAGACUUCCCCUUCUUGGUUUCUUGCUGCGUUAGCUUUUCCGAUUUUUGAAGUUUUGAUCUUUUCAGGAUUGCAGAAGCAGGUCUCCAUCAAUGGCAGAUGAAAAAGUGGACAAACAAGUCCCUAUUGAAGAAAAUGGGGCUGAAGCAGAAAAUGGGGCUCCAGCGCCUUCAGUAAGCAAUGAAAACGAUGAAUCCUCUGACCUUUCUACUGCUAUGCCAAAAGAUGAAGAUGAGGGGAAAGUUUCAAAGAAGAAAAAGAAGAAAAAUAAAAGCAAGAAAAAGAAGGAAUUGCCACAGCAGACAGAUCCACCCUCUGUUCCUGUUAUUGAGCUUUUCCCAUCCGGAGAGUUUCCUGAGGGUGAAAUUCAACAAUACAAAGAUGAUAAUUUAUGGAGGACUACCUCUGAAGAGAAGAGAGAGCUGGAGCGUCUUGAGAAGCCCAUUUACAAUUCAGUUCGUCAAGCAGCUGAAGUUCAUCGUCAGGUUCGGAAGUACAUCAAAAGCAUCUUGAAGCCUGGGAUGUUAAUGACUGACUUAUGCGAGACCUUGGAGAAUACAGUCCGUAAAUUAAUAUCAGAGAAUGGUCUGCAAGCAGGCAUUGCAUUCCCUACUGGAUGUUCUCUGAAUUGGGUUGCUGCUCAUUGGACCCCAAAUUCAGGGGAUAAAACCGUGCUUCAGUAUGAUGAUGUCAUGAAGUUGGAUUUUGGAACUCAUAUUGAUGGUUAUAUCGUGGACUGUGCAUUUACAGUGGCAUUCAACCCUAUGUUUGACCCACUAUUAGAAGCUUCACGUGAAGCAACCAACACUGGUAUCAAGGAAGCUGGGAUUGAUGUUCGUCUUUGUGAUGUUGGUGCUGCCAUACAAGAGGUCAUGGAAUCAUAUGAGGUUGAAAUUAAUGGAAAGGUGUUUCAAGUUAAAAGCAUUCGAAAUUUGAAUGGACACAGCAUUGGCCGCUAUCAGAUCCAUGCUGGAAAAUCUGUUCCGAUUGUGAAAGGAGGGGAGCAGACAAAAAUGGAAGAGGGCGAAUUCUUUGCAAUUGAAACAUUUGCAUCAACAGGAAAGGGAUAUGUCAGAGAAGAUUUAGAGUGCAGCCAUUACAUGAAAAAUUUUGAUGUUGGCCAUAUCCCACUGAGAGUGCCAAGGGCAAAGCAACUGCUAGCAACAAUCAACAAGAACUUCUCAACAUUAGCCUUCUGCAGACGGUAUUUAGACCGCCUAGGGGAGACUAAAUAUUUGAUGGCAUUAAAGAACUUAUGUGAUACUGGCAUAAUUCAGCCUUAUCCUCCUCUCUGUGAUAUCAAGGGCAGCUAUGUAUCCCAGUUUGAGCACACUAUCUUGUUACGGCCGACCUGCAAAGAAGUUAUAUCCAGAGGAGAUGACUAUUAGAGUGGAUGAAGUUUCAAUUUUGGUGAAUGCCUUCUUGUUGCGGCACCGCCAUGAAUGUAAAAGUUUCAGCUGAACCUAAAAUUUUACAUUCUGUCUUAUAAUUGUUGGUUUCCCUAAAGUUGCUGAAGUCUUGAAAAAGAGAAGAAAAACGGUUGAAAGAAUAUUUGAAUAUGUAUCACUAUUUUAGUGGCCUUUAGGCCUUAGCUAUAAAUCUGAAGAAGAGAUUUUCCA